CAGCCACUACCACUAUUUAAAGGCUCAUUCUGUGGGUAACAUUGGCUACUGUAUGAGGAGCUAACUUUUUGAUUUGUUUGACCAUUAAACAACCCUGGUUGGACGGAAGCAUCAUCUCUUCAAUAAGAUAUUCUAGUUGCCGUGGUUGGCGAAAGCCUUCAAGCUGAGACGAAUGAGGCCAGACAGAGACCGUCCACAGUGACAGUGUCUGAUUCUACCAACAUGAAACAUGAGGUGGGAUUUGACCCACAGGUUCUCGGCCAGCAGUUCUGUCAGUGGUUCUUUCAACUCCUUAACAGUCAGAACCCCUCACUGGCCCAGCAGCCACAGGACUGGGGACCACAACACUUCUGGCCAGAUGUGAAGCUACGCCUCCUCUCCAGAACUGGCAGCGAGCAGAUGGAGGAGUUCCUGGGUGCCGAGCUGGUUAACUUGCGUCUCCUGGCUCUGACCAGGGAAGAGCGACUGCUCCUGAGCCCUAACUUGGAGCCUCAUGGCCUCAAGGUCCUGGCUUCCCCCCAUGGCCUGGUGCUGGUAGCUGUUGCUGGGACUAUCCACAGAGACGCGGCCUGUCUGGGCAUCUUCGAGCAAGUAUUUGGCCUCAUCCGCUCCCCGCUGGAGAACAACAGCUGGAAGAUCAAGUUCGUCAACCUGAAGAUAAGAGGGCAGGACGCUCUGGGCGGGACAGAGUUGGCAGCUCCUGCCUUGACUUACAACUCUGCUGAAUUGCAGCUUCUCUGCAGUUGAUGGAACUCUUAUUUUACCUUUUUUACCCAGUGAAAGCUGGACUGAGUAUGCUUUCUCUCAUCUUGACUUGUCCAAACAUUUACCCAGGUUUUUGUUCUCGGACAUCUGAUCUGGCAACUUUACUGGCACAAACCACACGUCAUUUGUCUAACAUAAGCACAUGACAAAACAAAAAUGUUCCUGUAUUUUCUGCUUUCCAGAAAAUGGAAGCAUGUGCUGCUUCUGGCUGGGGAAACGUUUAGCUUCAGACAUACUGUACCUUGAUGCAGAGCAAGUUUUUCUUUUGCACUCCGUGCCUUGUAUAAGACGCACCUUUAUAAAUACAGAUGUGGACGUGCUCUUGUAAAUAUGUAUCAUAUUAAAUAUGAAGAUUAUAUUGACACUUGUGCUCUACAAUAACAAGUAGAAGAAAUUUUGUCUGCUUUCAUAUGACCAUACAGAGUCAAUUAAAGUUGAUUUUGAAUCUAA